AACAUGACUGAGAAGAGUGAUAUAUGUCUGCUGGGACUGAUCCUUCUCUCUUCACUAUUCACAGGUGUGAGUGAAGCAGAAGUGACUCAUGUGUUCAUCAGUUCUGGUGAAAGUGUGUCUCUGUCCUGUAAUGAUGCUCUUCAUCAAUGCUCCUCAACUACAUGGAACUACAUGAAUUAUACAAGAUCAUCUGAAGAAGUGUUUACUGGAGGAAUAAAUAAGAAUAACACAGAGAGAUCUGAGAGACUGAGUCUGACAUCUGACUGCUCUCUCAACAUCUAUAAAACAACACAACAUGAUGGUGGACGUUACACCUGCAGACAAUAUGUGAAUGGACAUCAACAUGGACCUGAUUCAGAUGUUAAUCUACAUGUUCUUCAUGUGUCUUCAUCAUCAUCUUCAUCAUCAUCAUCAUCACAGACUGAGAUAAGAGCAAACACAACUGUCACUCUCUCCUGUCAGCUGUUUUCAUAUUACGGUUAUUAUAUGUUCAGUUAUUAUGGAUUUCAGCUGGUGUGGAUGAAUCAGACUGAUGUUGAUCUACAGACAGACUCCAGGUAUCAGAUUAGAUCAGAUAAACUCUGUCUCAUCUCUCUGACUACAACACUCGUGAAUGAAGACGACAACACAGAGUUGAGAUGUGUGCUCAAACACAAGAAUGACAUCAAGACCUCAGUCACAUAUACUGUCAGAUUUACAGGUAAGACAUCACUCUGACAGGAGUGUCCUGAACUCAAAGUGACUUCAGUCAUUAAACUCUGUACUGAUUGUAACCGGGUUAUAGAUAACCCAUGCACAUACGGUUUAGCUACUUAUGACUACGCCACUCCAAGUUAAAUGGGUAGGAGAUCCCGAGUUCCCGCACAGCUAUCCAAACAAAUGAAUGCAACUUAGGCAAAUAUUACUAUGAAACAAUCACCACAUUUAUUAAGUUAAUUCUCUUGGUGUUCAACAUCAGUAAGGACUGGUUCAAAACCGGCACAUACCUUAACAUCCAAUAUAGGGGGUACAGACACUCUCGAAAUAAAAUAAAACGUACAACUCACUUCAAAGAAAAGAAAUAUCACACUCAAGUGUAAAACAACUCAAAUGUCACUUCAUUACACCCACACGUGGACUUAAGCGACUAAUUCCCCCCUCUAUUGGCGGCAAUGGUAUUACACACAGCAGAUGUACUCGGACCUAGUAGUCCAACUGAGAAGAUGUUCAUGGGCCUACAACGAAAUUAAUAAAAGACAAAAACAAAAUAAACAAUCCAAAUCUCAAAAAGAAUAAAAGGAUGGGAAACAGUGAUCAAUCCAGACCAGAAGCACUCUUCCAUUCCAUGUCAACUGCACCUGGAAACUCAAAGGGAUCCCCCACACGUCGUGUGCAGCGUAUAUCAGUGUUUACAGUAACAGAUACCGGGCGUUGUAUCCGUCAUUCAGCCCUUACGACUCACAGUCAGAUAAAAACUGGGUGACCGUACUGUAAUGUACCCGUCUAUCAAGAUCCACCGACACAGGCAGAAACGAUUUACGAAAUGCGCACAGGAUAAACAGCACGUUCUUCCAGCGACCAGCAACCAAGAAACCACCAACGAUAUGAGUAAUACUCACAGGAUGUGACGUAUUUAAUGGCAAAUCACCAUUCUUAUUCUACGGGUGUCACUAAGAACAAAAUACAACAGCGCCCCCCACUGACUUGGCUACAUGAUGAUGAAGAAAUGACAUAAACAUGAAAUAUGACUGUGAUGUUCUACAGUAUGAUGUCUCUGAACAUUCAUCAUCUCCUGUAUGUGUGUGUGCGUGUGUGUUUGUGUGUGUGAGUAGGUGUGUGUGUGUGUGUGUGUUUCCACAUUAUUACUCAUCUAAACUAAACUUUGUUUUUAACAGCAUCAACUACAACAUCAAUAAUAAUAAGAGGUAUGAAGUGUUGAUUGUGAUCCAUGUGUCCUGUUACAUAAGUACAUGAGUGAAACUCUCACUGAACUCAUCUUGUGUUUGUUUCUCAUGUGUAGUGUUUGA